AUGCUUCCUAGAAAUAGGAUAACCUUUCCAAAGCUAGGCAAAUGGAGGUAUUUCAGUACUCUUCCGAGAUGCCUAAAUAAAAUUGACUGUUCAAAACCAAAAACUUAUACCAAUUUGAGUCAAAUUUUGGAGUUUGCAAUAAAAACAACGGGUCCAAUCCCAGUAUCCUCCUAUAUGAAGCAAUGCCUGGUGCAUCCAGAAUUCGGAUAUUACACAACUAGGGAUCCCCUUUCACCAAUAUCAGAGACAUCAGAUUUUGUCACAUCUCCCGAAAUCUCCCAAACUUUUGGUGAAAUGAUAGGUAUUUAUCACUAUACUACUUGGCUAUUGCAAGGAAAGCCAAAAGAAGUCAGAUUCAUAGAGUUCGGUCCAGGAAAGGGGACGCUAAUUUUUGAUUGCAUAAGAACGUUUGAACGACUUAGUAAAGGCACAGUUUUAUAUGAAGUAAUUCUGGUAGAGGCAUCACCUAUUUUGAGAGAGGAGCAAAGAAAGAAACUAUGUGGAGAUACCUCUCUAAACGUCCUGGAGGAUGGAACGUGGGAGGCAGAGACUUUGGCUGGUAAAAGGUGUCAUUGGGUCGAAACAGAACUGGACAUAAAGAAAACAGGGACUAAUUACAUUAUUGCUCAUGAAUUUUUUGAUGCUUUGCCCGUACAACAAUACGAAAAGACUAAAGAUGGAUGGAGAGAGUAUAUGGUAGACUUUUCUGAAAAAAAUGUUAUAAGGGCUAAAACGGACCCUCUUGCUCUGCCUAACAGAACUACUAUAACGUCAAAGGAGCUAGAAAAUCCGGCCUUGAGGUUUAAUUUUCAUUCUGUCCUUUCUCCACAUGAAACUCCUGGAUCAUACAUACCGAAAAAUAAUCCAAGAUACGAAGCACUGCCAGUUGGUUCACGUAUAGAAAUAUGUCCCGAGGCCCACACAUAUAGUAAACACAUAGCGGCUUUGAUUAAUAGCGGUUGUGGAGCAGGAGGGUGUCUGAUCAUUGACUACGGUCCAGCUGAUACUGUUCCGAUAAAUACUAUCAGGGGUAUUAAGAAUCACAAAAUUGUUUCUCCAUUUGAUGAUCCGGGGAAUGUAGACCUUUCAGCUGAUGUGGAUUUUGGACAACUCAAACAAAUUUUUGAAAACCAAUCUUGUCAAGUUCACGGCCCAGUAGCGCAAGGCGAUUGGCUUCAUGAGUUGGGACUUGGAUUUAGAACGGAUCAGCUUGUUCACAUUGCAAAAUCAGAAAACGAUAAGCAAAAGAUCAUCAAAGCGUAUAAACGUCUAGUGGGUAAAAGUCAUGGUGAUAUGGGUAGUAUCUAUAAGUUUUUAGCUGUAUUGCCAAACGGGAGCCAAAUUCAGCCCGUUGGAUUCGGAGGAUCACUUUAA